AUUCAAAGAGCAUCGAUAACAAGGGAAGGUAUCUAAGAAGUUCUUUAAAUGCGAGAAGGCAGGCAGCAGUGACAAAGCUCACUUGGCACCGAAGAGUAACCUUUCAGGCCGUGUAUUUGUGCUGCUUCAGCAUCGCCAUAAAUUUAUCGAAAAUGUCUCUGUCGGAUCGGCUGGCUGUCGUCACCGGGGGCGGAAGCGGCAUCGGCAAAGCAGUCUGCCACGCCCUUGUCAGAGAAGGGGCGGUGGUCGUCGUAGCUGAUAUCAACUUGGAAGCGGCAAAGAAAACAGUUGCUGAACUAAAUGGCAAAGCACACGUGGCACUUCAAGUGGAUGUGGGCGACUCUACCUCCGUCGCAACACUCAUCAAGAAAGUCGGCUCCCAAUUCCAAACUCCGCUGAGCAUCGUGGUGAACUGCGCCGGUGUGGCCAAGAUGUCCUCGGUCGUGGAUAUGCCGGAAGAAGACUACGACCACCAGUUGCGAGUAAACCUCAAGGGUACCUUCCUUGUCAACCAGGCCGCUGUAAAGUCGAUGCUGGUGAGCAAAGUACCCGAGGCCGCUGUCGUGAACAUAGCCAGCAUUUUGGGCAAAUGCGGUCUGGCAAAUGCUGCCGCCUACGCAGCCUCCAAGGGUGGCGUAAUUGCAUUCACCAAGUCUCUGGCUCAAGAGCUGGCUGGUACAAACAUCCGCGUGAACGCCCUACUGCCAGGAGUAACGCAAACCCCGAUGUUAGAUUGCAUGACCGAAGACAAUCUGAAAGCGCUCAUCGGUUCUGUUCCAAUGAAGAGAUUAGCGCGCCCCGAGGAAGUGGCUGACGCAGCGGCAUAUUUGUGCUCUCCUGGAAGCUCCUACAUUACUGGGACUAGCAUGGAGGUCGCCGGUGGGUGGUUCGCUUAAAAUUAAAAUAUGGAUUAGUGGUAAAAGGCUUUUAUUUCUCGCUGCCCCAAUAAAAUGACGGUAUUUCCGUUGCUCUUA